GCGGGCGGGGCCUCCGGUGUAACCGCAUUGUUGCUGGGGGAGGGAGAAAGAGAGCGAGCGAGAGAGACGGGCUUCGUGAUGAGAAUCCGGACCUUUCGGUUGUUGCACGGUCUAUUUUUAUGACGAGGGCAGACCCCAGUUCCGAGGCCGUGCGGUCCGAACGGACGCCCCCGGAGACCUCCCGAACCCGCGCCUGAGAGCCGAGCGACGCCCGUUGGAUGAGAAGACCGCGCGGGAUCGCAGCCGUUUGGGCAGGCCGCGCCGCCAUUGCUCCCCUCAGCGCUGCCCUGCUGUAACAGAAAGCUCUGGGGGCGCGGGGUGUGCGCUCCACGAUUCGCUCGACAAGCACAGGUUUUAUAGGAUUCGGAUGAUGAAGAGAAAAGCCAAGCUCCAGCGGACUCCCGUGUCCAGACGCGCGGCCUCCCCCAUCAAGCCAUCGCCCAACCGCGAGACGCUGACAUACGCUCAAGCGCAGCGCAUGGUAGAGUUGGAGAUCGAUGGCCGCGUCCACAGGAUCAGCAUCUUCGACAAGCUGGAGAUCAUCUCGGACGACGACGCCACCGCCCAGGAGAUCGUCGAGUGCAACAGCAACAAGGAGAAUACGGAGAAGCCGCAGCAGGCCCUCGUACGGUCCGUCAGGCUGAAGAACAGCCAGCAGAAGAAGAGCGCCGCCCUCACCGCUACGCCGAGCAUCCAGGCCCCGGGAGGGACCCUGAAGGAGCCUAAGAUCCGCACGGUGGAGUACAACCUCCCUGUGGUGCCCCGCCGGCCUACCACCUACUACACGUACGUGGAGAAGACCCCGGAGGAGCUGGAUGAGGAGGUGGAGUACGACAUGGACGAGGAGGACUACGCAUGGCUGGACCUCAUCAACGAGAAGAGGCGCGGCGAAGGUUUCAGCCCGGUGUCGCACAACGUCUUCGAGUUUCUCAUGGACCGGCUAGAGAAGGAGUCGUUCCUGGAGAGCCACGGCCACAGGGAGCCGCUGAUCGAUGAGGACGCCGUGUGCUGCAUCUGCAUGGACGGCGAGUGCCAGAACAGCAACGUCAUCCUCUUCUGUGACAUGUGCAACAUGGCCGUGCACCAGGAGUGCUACGGCGUGCCCUACGUGCCCGAGGGCCAAUGGCUGUGCCGCCUGUGCCUGCAGUCGCCCUCGCAGCCCGUCGACUGCAUCCUGUGCCCCAACAAGGGUGGCGCCCUCAAAAAGACCGACGACGACCGCUGGGGUCACGUGGUCUGUGCACUCUGGGUCCCCGAGGUGGGAUUCUCCGACACGGUUUUCAUUGAGCCCAUCGAUGGCGUGAAGAACAUCCCUCCCGCACGCUGGAAGCUCACCUGCUACCUCUGCAAGGAGAAGGGUGUGGGGGCCUGCAUACAGUGCCACAGGGCCAAUUGUUACAUGGCCUUCCAUGUCAGCUGUGCGCAGAAGGCCGGCCUUUACAUGAAAAUGGAGCCUGUGAAGGGGGCAGAGUCUGAUGGCGGCACUGCCACCUUCACGGUGAAGAAGACGGCCUACUGUGAGGCGCACACCCCCUCCGGCUGUGUCAGGAGGCCCCUGACCAUCUACGAAGACCGCAAAACCAAAAACGGGCUCUGCCGGGAGAGCAGAAUGGCCGGGAGUGUGAGGUUGAAAGGAACUCAGAAGAAGAAGAAGACCAAGAAAAGUGCACCCAAACCUACGGCAGCUGUCCCUGCACUUUCAGUGCCUAGCAUUUCACCCCAAAGAUUAAACACAAUCCUGAAUCAGGUUUCCAUCCAGAAGAAGAAGGUGUUUGUGGAGAGGGUCUUGAGCUACUGGAUGUUGAAGAGGCAGUCUCGAAACGGGCUGCCGCUUCUCCGCAGACUGCAGUCCGGCCCACUGGCCCAGAAGGCCGCGCAGUCGAGGGACACUGAGAAGGGGAACCAGGUGCUGAAGGAGCAGUUGAAGGACUGGCACCGACUUCGCCACGAUCUGGAACGAGCCCGGCUACUGCUGGAGCUCAUUCGGAAGCGGGAGAAGCUCAAGAGGGAGGAGAUAAAGCUCCAGCAGACAGCCCUGGAGGUUCAGCUCACUCCGUUUGCCAUCCUGCUGCGCUCUGUCCUGGAUCAGCUCCAGGAGAGAGACCCCGCCAAGAUCUUCGCCCAGCCCGUCAGCAUCAAGGAGGUGCCAGACUACCUCGACCACAUCAAGCACCCCAUGGACUUCUCCACCAUGAGGAAGCGCAUUAACGCACAGGGCUAUAGGAGCCUGGAGGAGUUCGAAGCCGACUUCAACCUCAUCGUGUCCAACUGCAUGAAGUACAAUGCCAAGGACACCGUCUUCUACCGGGCCGCGGUGCGGCUCCGCGACCAGGGCGGGGCCGUGCUCAGGAAGACACGCCGGCAUGCGGAACGUGUCGGUUUCGACUAUGCCAGCGGGCUACACCUCCCAGAACCGCCCAAGGUGGAGCUGCAAGCAACGUUCUCCUGGGAUGACGUGGACCGGCUACUGAGCCCGGUGACUCGGGAGCACAUGUCCCUGAACGAGCAGCUGAAGGAACUCCUGGAGAUGCUGGACUUGACGCGCUCUAUCAAAUCGUGCCCAUCUCGCAGUCGGCGCCUAAAGCUACUGAAGAAGACUAUCGCUGAUGUGCGCAACGAAAUCAGCCUCAGGGAAGCCGCGGAGCCGGCAGGGUUGGAGCUGGACCCGGCGGGCCGGGCUGUGGAGGAUGAUGGGGACAAGUCCCAGCCCCCGAAGCUGGAGCCGUCCGACUCACUGCCCCCCCCGAACUCAAAUGGUGACUCGGAGCCGCCCACGCUCAGGCCCGUCCACCCCACCCCUGAUGGCAGGAGUCAGAAACAUGUGAAGUUUGGCGCGCGAAACUGUGACGGCCCGCCCCCCGGGGAGGUGCUCAACGGCCACCCCCCUGACCCAAUGCUCCCAGACGGCGACAUCGGCACAGCGGGGGCGCCCAUGCCGGCUGAAGCCCCCUGUACCGUCAACCGCCGCACCUCCGUGCUUUUCAGGAAGUCCAAAAGCAUGAGCCCGCAGAAGCCGGCGAAGGCUGGUGAUGGCCAGCAGGGGGCGCCACAGCUGGGGACCAAGACCUUCCUGUCUGUAGUGCUUCCCCGCCUAGAGACCCUCCUGCAGCCCAGAAAGCGGACGCGCAGCGCCAGCGGCGAGAGCGAGGCCGACGAGCCCUCCCCCGUGAAACGCUUCGACGCAGGGCUGUCUAACGGCUUUGUCGUCGACCAGGAGAGGGCGCCGGUGCCCAGCAGGCAGCUGGACCGUCGACGCAGGUGUGCCUCUGAGUCCAGCAUCUCCUCUAGCGGCAGUUUGCCGUGUAGCGCCAGCAGUUUCACUCUCCAGUCAAAGUGCGGCAAGAGCAAACCGGCGCUGGUACGGAGGAACACAGUGGACGACAACAGGCAGCUGGUGGGCUGCAGCGAGGGUGGCGGCGUGGGUCAGAGCGCCAAGGCGUCUGCCGAAGUUGGCAGCAGCAAUGUUUGGAUUCCUGCUAGCGCUGCGACACUUGUACUGGAACCUCUAAAACUAGUUUGGGCAAAAUGUAGUGGAUAUCCCUCCUACCCUGCCUUGAUAAUAGACCCCAAGAUGGUGCGGGGGGGCUGCCAUCACAAUGGAGUUUCCAUCCCAACACCCCCACAGGACGUGCUCCGGGCCGGAGAGCGGAUGCAGUACAGGUCCGAAGAGAAACUCUUCCUCGUCCUCUUCUUCGACAACAAGCGCAGUUGGCAAUGGCUUCCUAAAUCAAAGAUGGCUCCGCUAGGAGUCGACAAGACCACGGACAUGGUGAAGCUGAUGGAGGGUCGUACAUCCAGCAUCCGCAAGGCCGUCCACAAGGCCUUCGGACGAGCCACGGGAGGGAUGCUGCCUACCUGCUGAAUGGUGCAGCCCGAGUCCACAGGGCCUAACCCUGCUAAUCCAGACUGUUACUCUGGUGACGUGAAAUAUUUGGCCCAGUGCUGAGCCCACGUCGGGCCCCUCCUGCCCGAGCCGGGAGCUCAGACCACACUCACAUUCGCCGUUCGUAGCUGUGUAUUUAAAAACAAAAAAACCUCUGUAUAUACUUGUAAAUUUCCGACACUAACUUAUUCUGUAGAAUUUUUUUUUAAUUCGUAUUGUAAAUUUCUUAAUAUUUAUACUUUAUUGGUGCUAUGAAAAGUUGUACAGUUCUAGUAAUAAUCAAAUGACUCUGAUAGGGCUAAAAUGAUACAGUAUUUCAUAAAACUUUAAGUUAUUGAAGUUUAACUACAUAAACGCUCCACAACUAGCAUUAAUGGUUGUCCCCCGAUAUAAAGUUUUUUUUUUUUUUUUUUAAGUUUUACUACUUGUGUUUUUUGUAAAUACAUAUAAAUCUAUAUCUGUACAAUUAGUAUCCCUAAGGGGAACAUGUAGGGGCUUUUUCAAAGUGUCAUUUCCAUAAAACCAAAAAUACCUGCUGCCCAGAGUCCCCCAAUUUUGUUUGUGUGAUGUGAAACUUUUUACAUGAUGUAACGUGGUUUCUUUCUCCAUUUUUACCUGUUUAGUUUGACUGUGUUUCUUGGCCCUGUGUUCAGACUGUUUUUGGUGUGGCUGCUUGUGGAUCAGGUGAAGGGGGUGAGGUAUAUGCAUUUUAUAUCCCGAGAAAUUGUAAUAAGAUCUAGUGCAUUAAAAGCUAACUUUUAUUAUUUUAUAAUCAGUGUGCAAGUCAUCUGGUGAUUUGAUGGUUGAGCUUGUAGAGUUUGUGAUGUUUAGUUGGGUCCUGGGUAGCAAUGGUUAGAUGCAAGCUUGUUUCAAAUGUCAUGUACACAUCCUUAGAUUUAUUUUUUUGUUCACUUUUUUUUAAAAAAAGAAAAAAGCUGCAUUAAGUAAUGGGGAGGGAUCAGAUUUUUAUUUUUUAAAUGGAUACACAAAAUAAAAUGGUAUAAAUCACUA